AUGCCCGAGACUCUGACUCCCGAAGUGACGUGGGCGCAGCGCUCGUCCUCCUCGGAACCCGAGCGUAACUAUCUCAUCGUGAACCUCAAGACUCCCGACGUCGCCAAGUCGGACGCCAAGCUCAACAUCACCUCCACCAAUGUUUCCUUCUCUGGUCCUUCCAAGAAGGGUGUCACAUACAGUGUCUCGCUGGACCUGUUCGCCGAGAUCGACCCAGAGAACAGCAAGGUGAACCACACCGACCGUGAAGUCGAGCUGGUUCUGCGGAAGAAGGAGCUGAAGGAGGAGUACUGGCCUCGUCUCCUGAAGACCGACAAGAAGAUGCACUUCCUCAAGACGGACUUUGAUAAGUGGGUCGAUGAGGACGAGCAGGAUGAGGCCGGUGAGGACGACUACGCGAACAACUUCGGUGGCAUGGGUGGUGGUGAGGAGGGCGGCCUCAGCAACAUUGACUUCUCCAAGCUCGGCGGCAUGGGUGGGGCGGGCGGUAUGCCCGACCUCAGCGCUAUGAUGGGCGGUAUGGGUGGUGCUGGCAUGGGUGCUCCUGGUGCUGGCGAGGGUGAGGAUGACGAAGACCUUCCCGAGCUCGAGGAGGCCGAGGAAGCCGAGGGGUCGUCCAAGAUCCAGGAGGUGUCGUAA